GUUUUCGCCAUUGACGUCAAUGUGUUGUGUUUCCACCAUGCCGGAAGGCAGCACAUGAGCGCCGCCCCUUAAAAGUGCAACCCCGUCGUAGAGCAACAUCAGUCGAGCACAGCCACUGUAGAACGAGACAUAAAGGGGGACUGUCCGUCGUCCUUGCAGAGAUGCAUUCAUCGAUACCUCAUUUCACCACCUCUUGUCUUCACCGCAUACUCGCCCACUUCCGCACGGAAACCAUGGACAAAAGCACCGAAGAAUUGCCCAAUAGUCCCCACCAAGCCAUCCUCCCAAAAGGCUCUGACAAUGACCCUGGCGGCGACACUACCUCCGAUAGCACCACCAGCUUCAAGGAAUUUUACCAGCUUGUUGUCAUUGUCGCGUUUACGUACAAGUUGGUCUCCUCAGCCUGGAGAGGACAUUUCUAUCCUACGAUACUCUGGGCGAUUCUCGACAUCGCUAUGUAUCUUUGGAUGGCGAUCAGCGAAUGGAAACCACGGGUUAUGGCCCACCACCCGCUCGCAAUACCCGGCUCUAGUGUUUGAGAAGCCAGGCUUCUUCCUACACGGCUGCGCCGAUGGUUCACGCGCCCCUGUUUGGAGGAAUUGUGCACGGGUGCAUCGAUGUGGGUUCUGAGUGGCUUUGUUCCGCCGUGCGAAGGGAAACGGGCAGAGUGUCGAAACAAACCUCGUUCCAGAGACCUGCCUGUGGGGGAAUGUC